AUGGACAUGGUCCAUGAGUUCUACACCGCGUAUCGAGACUAUGUCCGGGGGCUGGAGAUGGAUCCCGAGAAUAAUAAGGAGGAGUUGGGAAAGGCGUGGAAGACAGAGCGCGUCCUCAUGGAGGUGACUGAGGGCCUCGCACAGACGGUCACAGGAUCCGAGCGCAAGCAAGUGCAACAGGAGAUUCGGGAGGAUAAGAUGGCUGCUGCUGCCAAGACGCAAGUCUUCACCCGCCAGAACUUCAACAUGAUCGAUCUGGACGCACCCAUUCCCACUGAUGCUCCGCUGUGGAAGAGGCGGGUGGGGGGGGCGAUCGCGCUGCUCCACGACCUAAGAGGAGUGCCGAACAGAGGCCGCUUCAAGGACAUGCUGCACUACCUCCAAUUCGUCUUUGGCUUCCAAGAGGACAAUGUGCGGAACCAGAGGGAGCACCUCGUGCUGCUGCUGGCCAACAGCCGCACGUACGACGAGAAGGGGACGCCCAUUGUUGCUUCCAUGUCCGAUGAUGCUGCAGCAAUGAACCUGGCCGUUGAUUCUGUGUCCUCGAAGGUGCUCGGAAACUUCCUUCGCUGGGCACAGUACCUCCACGUGGAUAUCCCCUACUUCACGGUCGACCACCGCAUGCUGCACACGUGCCUUUUCCUGCUCAUAUGGGGCGAGGCAGCCAACGUGCGCUUCCUCCCAGAGUGCCUCUGCUACCUCUUUCACCAGAUGGCGAGUGAGCUGGCGGGGAUGAUGCAGAAGACAGCAGCGGAGCACAGCCGCAUGAUGGGCACGGGGGGCGAGUACGCCUUCCUCAACAACGUCAUCACGCCCUUUUACAGAAUUCUCAAACAGGAGUCGGACUAUGCGGGUGCUGGCAGCGACGCCAAGGGUCACCCCGCGUGGCGCAACUACGACGAUUUCAACGAGUUCUUCUGGAGCAAGCGCUGCUUUGAGCUGGGUUGGCCAAUCCGCACCAGCCACGUGUUUUUCAAGCCCCCACCCGUCAAAAGCAAGGACCCUGGCAAGAAAAUGGAAACCCCCAAAACCGCAACGGGAGAGGAUUUCUCAAGCAAGAGCCGGCUGAGCAAGACGCUGUUUGUGGAGUGGCGCUCGUUCCUCCACCUCUACCGCAGCUUCGACCGCAUGUGGGCCUUCCUGCUCCUCAUGUUCCAGGGCAUGGCAAUCGUGGCGUUCAGCGGGCAGGACGGGUCCACCACGCUCAUGAAGGUGCUCUCUGUGGUGCCCAUGGCUGCCAUCCUCCGCUUCUUCCAAGUGCUUUUUGACAUUCUGCUGUCGUUCGGAGCCUACCGCAGCAUGAGUGUGCAGACCAUCUCCCGCAAGUUCCUCCGCCUUGCUGUGCUCGGCGCCUGGGGAGGCUUCCUCUCCUUCUUCCUCAUCAUGUAUUUCAAGUCGGGCUUCGAUUUCAGCAGCCCCUACCGCCCGCUCUUCCUCAUGCUAGCAGCCAUCUACGUCAUCCCAGCUGUCGUCCUCUCGGUGCUCAUGCGCUUUGUCACGCCGCUGCGCUCCCAACUCGACCGCGUCAGCCACCACCGCUUCUUCCAGUUCGUCAAGUGGUUCUAUCAGGACGAGGUGUACACAGGGAGGGGCAUGUACGAGAGUUUCAAAGACACAUUCCUGUACUCGCUGUUCUGGGUGGUGCUGCUGCUGUGCAAGUGCCUCUUCAGCUACUACUUCCAGAUCCUCCCGCUCGUGGGCCCCACGCGCUACAUCAUUGGCUUCAAGCACCUCAAGUACCGCUGGAAGGACCUCGUCUCUGCCAGCAACUACAAUGCUCUCACGCUUCUCUCCAUCUGGGCACCAGUCUUCGUGAUCUACCUGAUAGACGCACAGAUCUGGUACACCGUGCUCUCUGCCAUUCUCAGCACUCUCAUUGGCGCGUGGUGGCAUUUGGGGGAGAUCCGCACGCUCUCCAUGCUGCGGGCGCGCUUCCGCUCGUUCCCAGCAGCCUUCAUGAACACAGUGCACCACCAGAACAAGUUCAACCGCACGCGCUCCACGUCGCUGCGCUCGUCUGCCCGCUUCCAACCACUGGGGUCGCAGCAACCGGCGAGCGGCAGCGAGCUGCUGCUGUCAUCUCGACGGGAGGCGUGCAAAUUUGCCAUCGCAUGGAACGAGAUUAUUCGGCUGCUGCGAGAGGAAGACUACCUCUCCGACAGGGAGUACGAUUUGCUCAUCAUGCCCGCCCUGCCUUCCAACGUGACCGUGGUGCAGUGGCCGCUCUUCCUCCUCGCCAACCAGAUCCUCUUGGCAGUGGGCGAGGCGUCAGGCCGCAAGGAGUCCCAAGCGGCCGUGUGGCGCAAGGUGACGGCCGACGAGUACAUGCGCUGCGCCGUGCUCGAGGCCUACCAGAGCCUGCGCCCCUUCCUGCUCUCCGUUGUCGAACCCAGCCGCACCGGUGGCACCACUGGCACUGCAGCUGCUGCUACCCAGGAGGCGGGGAGUGGAGUGUACGAGGCGCGGAUCAUCAACCGGCUGUUUGACGAUUUGGAGGUGGAGGGGAACAACGGCAGCCUUCUCACCACCUUCCGCUUCUCCGCCCUGCCUGUCAUCCUCGACCGCCUCUCCAAGCUCACUGCCGUGCUGAUCCAGGACCAGAACGAGAUGACGCAGCGGGCAGCAGUGCAGGCGCUGCAGGCGCUCUACGACACCGUCAUGUUCGACUUCCUCUCCCCUGACCACCGAGCAAGCCUGGAGGACGUAUCAGGCAAGCCACAGUCGUACUGCCUGUUCGCGGCAGUGGCAUGGCCGGCGAACCGGGCGGCGGUGAAGCGGCUGCAUCUGCUGCUGGCGAUCAAGGAGUCGGCCAUGGAUGUGCCUCACAACCUGGAGGCGCGGCGCCGCCUGCAGUUCUUCACCAACUCGCUGCACAUGCGCAUGCCUGAUGCACCCAAAGUCGCUGACACGCUGCCUUUCUGUGUGAUGACACCAUACUACAGCGAGAUUGUGACCUACUCCAUGGCAGAACUCGUGAAGCCCAACGAGGAUGGCAUCUCCACCCUCUUCUACCUCCAGAAGAUCUUCCCAGACGAGUGGGCCAACUUCCUGCAGCGGGUGGGCAUGGGAGAGAAGGAGCUGGAGGUGCGCUUGAGGGCGAAGGACGACAUCAAGGAGCUGCGCAUGUGGGCGUCGUACCGUGGCCAGACCCUCGCCCGCACCUUUCUGAAUCCUCACCUGUUUGCUCACUCCUUCACCUUCUCCUCCCUUUUCCCUCCCCGUUCCCGUCACUCCUCUUCCCCUUCUCUCCCACCCCGUCUAUCCCCCUCCCCAUCUCUUCCCGCCACCCCUCCCCGCUCCGCCCCAGACCUAGAGUUGGGGGCGGACGGGCUGCCAUUGGACCCGGCGGACAGGCUGUAUCUGGCGAAGGUGGAGCCCAAGGAGCUGGCGGACGUGAAGUUCACAUACGUGGUUACCUGCCAGAUCUAUGGCAAGCAGAAGGCUGAUAAGGACCAGCGCGCUGCUGACAUCUUCAACCUCAUGAAGGAGCACGAGGCCUUGCGAGUGGCAUACAUCGACGAGGUGGUGACCCUGCCAGCCGACCCCAGCAGACCAGACGCACGCCCCAAAACGGAGUUCUUUUCACGGCUGGUGAAGGUGGACACGUUUGGCUCUGAGCAAGACAUCUACAAGGUGAAGCUGCCGGGGCCAGCGAAGCUGGGCGAGGGCAAGCCGGAGAACCAGAACCACGCCAUCAUCUUCACGCGGGGGGAGGCGCUGCAGACGAUUGACAUGAACCAGGACAACUACUUUGAGGAGACGCUCAAGAUGCGGAAUCUGCUGCAGGAGUUUGCCAAGAAGCACGGGCUCAGGAAGCCGUCGAUCCUCGGCGUCAGAGAGCACAUCUUCACCGGCAGUGUGUCUUCGUUGGCAUGGUUCAUGUCCAACCAGGAGACCAGCUUCGUCACCCUCGGCCAACGCUUCCUUGCCAUCCCUCUCAAGGUGCGCAUGCACUACGGGCACCCAGACGUGUUUGACCGCCUCUUCCACGUCACGCGCGGCGGCAUGAGCAAGGCGUCCAAGACCAUCAACAUCAGUGAAGACAUCUUUGCUGGCUUUAACACGACACUGAGGCAGGGCAAUGUGACUCAUCACGAGUACAUACAAGUGGGCAAGGGGCGUGACGUGGGGCUGAACCAGAUCGCUCUUUUUGAGGCUAAGGUCGCCAGUGGCAAUGGAGAGCAGGUGUUAUCACGGGACAUCUGUCGGUUGGGUCAGCUCUUCGACUUCUAUCGCCUCCUCUCUUUCUACUUCACCUCUGUUGGCUUCUUCCUCUGCACCGCUCUCACGUCCUUUUGUGCCUUCCUAUUCCUCUACGGACGAGUCUAUCUGAGCCUAUCAGGAGUGGGUGCAACUCUCUCAUCGCAGAGUGAGAGCGUGGCGAACUUGGCCCUGGAAUCAGCCAUCAACACGCAGUUCCUCAUCCAAGCGGGAUUCUUCACUGCUGUGCCCAUGAUCAUGGGCUUCAUCCUCGAACAAGGAUUUCUGCGGGCGGUGGUGAGUUUCAUAACGAUGCAGCUGCAGCUGGCGUCUGUCUUCUUCACCUUCUCCCUGGGCACGCGUGCGCACUACUUCCUCCGCACGCUGCUGCACGGCGGGGCCAAGUACCGUGCCACUGGCCGGGGCUUUGUCGUUCGCCACAUCAAGUUCGCUGACAACUACCGCCUCUACUCGCGCUCACACUUCACAUACGGCAUAGAGGCCAUAAUGCUGCUGACAGUGUACAUGCUGUAUGGGGACACCAGCUCCGGGCUGGUCUAUAUUCUCAUCACCGUCUCCUCCUGGUUCCUCGCCCUCUCCUGGUGCUACGCGCCCUACAUCUUCAACCCUGCCGGCUUCGAAUGGCAAAAGACGGUAGCGGAUUUUGAGGACUGGGUGGAGUGGCUGUGGUACAAGGGUGGCGUGGGCGUGAAGGGCGAGCAGAGCUGGGAGUCGUGGUGGGAAGAGGAGACGGAGCACGUGCGCAGCAUCCGCAGCCGCAUCAUCCAGGUGGUGCUCAACCUGCGCUUCUUCUUUGUGCCCUAUGGCAUCGUUUACCAGCUCAACGUCGCCCAGGGAAACACCAGUAUCCUCGUGUAUGUGUAUGCCUGGAUCAUCUUUGUCGUCGUCGCCUUUGUCUUCUGGGUGUUCAACUUCUCGCGGGCGUGGGAGGCGCAGCUGCCCAUCCGCCUGCUGCAGAUCACAGCGGCGGUGCUCUUCGUGACUGGCAUUGCUGUCUGUGUCACUGUCACCUCGCUCACCUUCGGUGACCUCUGCUCCAUCAUCUUCCUCUUCAUCCCACUCACCGGCUGGGGCCUCCUUCAGGUGAUUAUAGCGCUGCGGCCCGUGCACAACAAGCGGCUGUGGUGGUGGAGGCAGGUGCGCACCCUUGCACGGGUGUACGAUGCAAUCAUGGGGGGGAUGAUCUUCCUGCCAGUCGCAGUGCUCUCCUGGUUCCCCUUUUUCUCCACCUUCCAGACCCGCCUUGUCUUCAACCAGGCCUUCUCCAGAGGCCUCGAGAUCUCGCUUAUCCUUGCCGGGAAACCCUCAGAUGCUGCUGCUUAG